CACAAUCGUUAAAGCUCACAAUCGUUAUCACGUUAUCACGUUAUCACGAGUACAUCCUCGUGUGUCGUAUCCUCCUCACGGCCCACUUAGCACUCAGUCAAUCAUCGCUGACAUACGGCCUUCACACCUACACCUCACGCAAGUCUACCACGAUGUCGCCACCGACAUCCCCUUCCUCGUCGUCGCCGACAACUCAAUCUAAGAAACCUCUGACAGCACGUCAGACCCGCAAGCUCGACCCGAGUACCUCCAGUAAACCUUGCGAUCGGUGCCAGACCCUCUCAGACGUGCUCAUCCGUUGCCAAACCCGGGCAUUCGAUGGCAGUGUCGACUUCAACGCAGCUGAUGGCGAUGGAAAGUGGUAUCUACUCUGCCCCGGCGGCUGCUGGAUGAAGGCAAGCGGUGGAGUGGUCGAUGGCUCGGAUGAAGCGAGGACUCUUGGCUACAGAUUCGGGGGGGUCUGGAAAAACAAGAAGGGGGCUGUCAGCGGGAAAAAACCCAAGGGCAAGUAUAACCGUCCGAAGAAGGGCAGUGAAGCGGGAGUGAGCGAGGACGAGCAGGAGUCCAAUCCAGGCGAAGGGCGAUGCGACCGGAGAGCUCCCACGGACGAGGAAUAAGAUGACGUAGCGGGACAAAGACUUGCUUCUCAAGAAAGUUGGUCAAAUCGAUUCUCGCUUCCCGAAUCGGACCAGCGGCGCCUCACGCAAACGGACAGAUCUGCUCGCGCUCGCCCCAAACCAUCCUUUGCAAAAUAUCGAAUUCAUGACGGUGUUAUAGAUGCGCGCGACAGGUGGAUAGACAUAUGCGCGUUAUAGGCAAGAUAGCCGACAAGUUGUACAGAAUCGGUG